AUGUUUAAACUAUCAGAACUUGUUCGCUGGUUAGGACUAACAGAAUUCGAAAUAUUCAUUAACUUAUGUGGAAUGUUUUUAUUCUCCCUAACACUUGCCUUUAAGAUAGACGGUACUUUUGACGAAUAUUUAACAGAUUGGUUUAUAGUUUUCAGUCCACUCUUUUGUGCAGAUGUUUUAAAUGCAUAUUUUUGUGUUAUCGUUGCUAUUCGUAUGUACUUGGCAAUAGAAAACAAACGAAAGGCAUUACAUAGAUUUAUGUGGAGUACAUAUUUUUUAGUUCUAAUAACAAUAUUCAAGUAUCUCUUGUGUUUAAAAUUAUCCGGUCAAACAGGACUGGAAUAUAGUGAAGUUUUCUCUCCAAUAUUUGUUUUGUUGCAAUUGGUUGCGGUAAGAGCAUGUCAACUACCCAACUCAACAUGAUUGGAAAUACAAUUAAGCGAAUCGGAUAUAAGUGGUUCCGAAUAAAACAAAUAUAUAUUAUUUAAUAUUGGGCCAUAGAAGGAUGUACGACGUUUAUUUUUUAAAGAGAUUAGAAACAAAGCAACGACUGAGGGCAGUAUCAUGCCGGUAAAACUUAAUGUGAUCAACAUGAGAAGAAAACAAUUUGGUUCAAUGCACUUUUUCUAUACAGGUGGUUAUCACUUUUCUGAAUAACUGUUGAAUUUAAAUCCUUCUAUGGCCAUUAUUUUUUUCCAUAAUAUUAUAUAAGUAUUUUAUUUGAAAAAAGUAUAACAAGUUAUCUAUUGUAAUAAAAAUUGUACAAUAAAAUCUAAAUUUGUUAA